AUGCUGUUAAUCCCCGGCUUUCGUCUGUACAUGUUUGCCUCCCCUCCAUUUCUGGGUCCGGAAGCCAAAGCUGCCGAGCGCAGGCUUGGCUCUCUCUUGGUUCCUUUCUUUCCUCUGUUUCUAUGUUCCGAAUCUAAAUCUAUUGUUUGGUGGCUACCUUUCCUAAACUGUCUUACUUCCCUCUGUUGUUCUCUUCCUCGAACUUUAUAUGGUUUUUUCGCGCUCGCUUCGGGCAGACGCCUUGCGAUCACAAAGCCUGGUGCUAAGUCCAGAACUUGGUAUUGUUACUAUUCCACCACCAUCCAGACCUCUACAGGCAACAUACUUCCUGCGGACCUUCGCAUCUACAGCCCAAUCAACGACGUCGUUCAUCCUGACAACACCAUUGCUUUUGUUAUCGCAAAGGCUUAUAUUCCUCCCAACGACACCACUUUCCUCGAUGUCCUACACUUGGCCAUCUGCCCUGGUGACCCCUCCAGCGUAGUGUUUGAAAGUCCAGUUCGGUCCGGUUUUUUGAUGCCCAGGGGCGUUAACCGUAACCGUAACCGGUCUGCCUUUUCCCCAGAAGUCAAAAGACCAGACCGGACCGCAAAAAGACCACAGACCGCGGUUUUUUGCGGUCUAUAG